AUGGCGACCCCGGCCCCACCAUCGUCGACCGUCCCCGUCCUCCUGCUCAAGACCAGGUCCCAACCACACGAUGCAUACGAGGAGUACUUUUCCGGCUUCCGCGACGGCGGCGGUCGCGGGGAACUGUCCACUCUCGUCUUCCGACCCGAGUUUGUCCCUGUCCUCGAGCACCGGCCUAACAGUGAGAACCUGGCCGGACUGGUGAAACUGUUGAGCGAGGGCCGAUUAAGUGAGCAGUAUGGGGGCAUGAUCUUCACCAGUCAGCGGGCGGUGGAGGCGUGGGCGGACGUCGUCAAGAGGGUAGAGACAGAGGCAGGGCAACCGCAGACGGAUGCAGACACAGGCAGUGCAGAUGUAGCCGAUAACACUGGCGCAGAUGCAGACGCACCGUCCUCUCUCAUCGACGAUGACUUCAUAUUCCCGCUCUACACGGUCGGCCCCGCCACAUCACGAGCCCUAACCACCCUGAUCACUCUGUCGGCCGCUGUGCCGUCGUCACAGUUCACACGCCUCCGGCCCGCCGUCUUCGGCGAACACACAGGCAACGGGGAAAAACUGGCACAGUACAUCCUCGCGCACUACAACACGCUACACUCCCAGAGACUGUACACCUUUUACGAGGCUCCGCGAUUACCAUUCACCCCGCUGGUGGGAUCGGUGCGCGGGGAACGCGUGGCCAAAGACGACGCGCGGCUCAGGAAGAAACCGCUGCUCUUCCUCGUGGGCGAGCAAAGACGGGAUAUCAUCCCCAAGACGCUGACGGAUAAGGACUGCAAGCUCCCGCCCGAGGAGAGGAUCCAGCUUGAUGAAGUUGAGGUGUAUAUCUCAGCGGUGGUAGAGACCGUGGAAGAGGACCUGCGGGGACGGUUGUCGUCUUUCUGCAAUGACGCUGAAGGCCACAACGUAGGUCCCGUGGUGUUGGUGGUGUUCAGUCCGCAGGGCUGUGACUCGAUGCUUCGCGCAUUGGGGUUCCUCGACGGUGACAAGAACUUGACCUCCCUGGCGAGAAGGCGGUGGGUGGCCGAAGAGUCUCACGAUACGCCCUUGACCUCAGCGGCAUCUCAACCCAAGCAGCGGUAUAUCAUUAUGACGAUCGGGCCCACGACGCGGGACCAUCUCCGAGCCAAAUAUGGAUUCGACGCGGACGUCUGCGCCGCGAAACCCAGUCCCGAGGGCGUGAGUGUUGGGCUGGUCGAAUUUCUCAGGCAGAAGCAUAUACUGGGAAGGUCACCAGUGCCACUGGCCUCAUCCUGCGGGAGCGAAGCGUAG